AUGGGAGGCGGGGAUUUGAACUUGAAGAAAAGCUGGCAUCCCCAGACUAUGAAAAACAUUGAACGUGUUUGGAAAGCUGAGCAGAAACAUGAGGCUGAACGCAAAAAGAUCGAGGAGCUUCAGAAGGAGCUGAAGGAGGAGCGGGCUCGAGAAGAGAUGACCAGAUUCGCUGAGGAAACGGGGGCCAUCAAAAAAAAGGACGACCGUUUGGACUGGAUGUAUCAGGGCCCCGCCGGCCAGGUGUCCAGGGAUGAGUAUCUGCUGGGGCGCCCCAUCGAUAAGCAGAUCACAGACCAGUAUGAGGAGCCCGAGAGCGGCCCCUCCAACGAGACCGGCCUCCUCCCCGGGUCCAUCUUCAACCCCUUGCGGCAGAAUCUUGACAAGAAAGACAAGAAAAAGAAGAGGAAGAAGGAAAAGAAGGAGAAGAAAGACAGAGAGAGGAGGAAGGAAAAGAAACACAAGAAAAAGAGUUCAAGCCACGAUCCAGAGACAGAUCGACAACAGGCUCUAAACCUCGCUCCCAUCACAUUCCAGGAUACGGUCUACAGGUUGAUCCCCGAUGGCCGACACCCGCCGGCCUCAGGGCGCAGAGAGAGGAGCCGGUCCAGAUCCAGAUCCAGAUCCAGAUCCAGAUCCCCUCACCAGAACCACAGGGACAGUCGCUCCCAGCCCCCCCCCCUCCGAGGGGACAGGAAGGUGGAGCCCAGGGCUCCCAGCCCACAGUACCGCCGGCAGAGGAACUACGUGUCCAAGAAGCUGUCUGCGGCGGAGCUGGAGCAGCGGCGGCGGGAGAUGAUGGAGCAGGCGCAGCAGAGGGAGGAGGACCGGGAGAACAACGUGAGGAGUGACAUGAAGCUGGAGAGCGCCGCCAGCUCCUCCCUGGAGGACCGAGUCAAGAGGAACAUCCACUCCAUCCAGAGGACGCCCGCCUCCCUGGACAACUUCAUGAAGCGAUAA